AUGGAGGAAACGUUGACGUUCGUAUUCGAGAAGCUGAAGGCCACCGUGAAAAUCUCCGGCGGCGAGGCGCAAGCCUGGUUCAGCCGGACUAUCCAGCCGGAAAGCAUCAGCCACUGGAACCUCGCCCUUCGAAACUCCGGCACCGCGGCGGCGGCCUGGUUAGACCGGAUCUGCCCGCCGGAGACGAGGUCUAGCGUGCUGCUCGCCGUGAAAAGCUCCGGCACGGCGGCGACGGCCUGGCUAGACCACAUCCUCCCACCGGAGACGAGGGCUCGCUGGCUGCUUGCCGCGAAAAGCUCCGGAACGGCGGCGGCGACCUGUUUUCAAUCUGGCAAUGCCAUCCGAUGUCGGUUUUUCCCGGGCGAAAACUUGAAAAACCUCUUCCCUCGCCUUUUCUUGCCAUUCCGUAAAGGUAACCCAACACAACAAGCUAGUUGUCGUUUCGUGACCGGCAACAUAGAAUACCUUGCACUCGUCGACUAUAUCAUCGACCGAGAUUCUGCUUUCGGGAUCACGGUCAUUGUGAACUCUUACAAGCGAUCCAAGAAAAUCGUGACCAAAAUUGUCAGCUUGCGCUCUCCUCACACUCUCUUCCCUUUUCCUAACGAGUGA